AUGCUGGAUGUGGGGUUCCGUCGAUCUGGCAGCUUUUUCUACCGGCCCAACUUGCUAGCCACCUGCUGCCCUCAGUAUCCGAUUCGCCUGCAAGUUGGCCCCAAGAGCCAAUCGACCUUGGCAUUGCUGUCGGGCUCUCCGACCCCCGAUCACUCGCAUUUUUUUCCCACCCUCUCCAAUGGAUUCCACCCGACCUCGGACCAGCGGAAUUCCCUUCGCCGACUGCAGCGUCUGCUUCAGCAGGGCGUCAUCCAGCCGAGUACCCCCGCCCCCAGCCCAGGCAAGGGUACUGCUGCAGCAGCUGCUACUGCUGCUGCUCCCUCGGCCGCCGCCGCACCACAACCCGGCUCCCUGGGCGAUCUCCUGGCGGAGGCCCUUCGCAGUCUCCAUGGGGACCUCCUGAUGGAGGCCGGCCUGGAGGCCACGGAUCCCGGCAUCCUGCGCCUCGGGCCGAAUCGCACAUACCAGCCCCCUGGCGGACGACGGUGCCAGGCCAGUGGGGAAUCUUGCACGCGCGAGAUCGCCUGCUGGUCCAGUGCCGCGGCCUUUCGCCUGCAUGCUCUCAUGCGCGCUUCCGGUGCUGGCGGUGGCGGUGGCGGUGGGAUUCCACCUCCGCCGGCCAUUGCAGCCGGUCUGGCGGCCAACCUGUCAGCCGCACUGGCCAGUCAUCGCCGGAUUGCCGGGCUCCCCGGCAUGCAUGCCACUUGCCAUGCCGCCGGGCCGUAUGUCAACAUUCUCCUUUGCCAGGACCCCCCUCCGGCGGAUAAGCCCAUGGUCACCGAGACCCCUGGCCAUGCCGAUGAGCCCGCUGCCCCGGCCUCCGGGUCGGAACCCAAAUACAUGCUCGUCACGCGCAUGGUUCCAGCCUACUACUCGGCGGAAUCGCAUGCCCUCUACAUGGCCUACCAAAUCCGCACACACAAGUCCAAGCCCAACGAGGUGGGCGCCAGCCAGUAUUUCGACUUCCUCAUCAGCAAGGACACCGUUCCGAAGGACUUGCAGGAGUACGCCGGCCCGGGGCACGAGUCGGCCGAGUACUCGGCCUCGCUCGGGGCCUUUGGCUAUUUCUCCGACACUCCUGACCAGUGGCUGGACGAUGUCAACUCGGAUCGAGUCCUGCCGGCCGUGGGGGCCGACUACGCGGCCAACGCCCCGGAUGUGCCCUUCCGUGAAGACUUGGACCUGCGCACUGGCCCUGCUCUGCCUCUUGGGAGCUACCAUUUGGAGUACCGGCUCCGGCGUGUCGAUGCCACCGGGCCCGGCCGCCUGGUGGCUGUCAGCGUGUUGGACGUCCUGCCACAUAGCCUGUCCAGUGUCUAUUCCUUCUUCGUGCCGGCCUCCGCCGGGUUGGGGGUUUCCUUCGGCGCGAUCACCGCCCUUCUGGAGAUUGAGCUCUGCCGGCGGGGGUCUCUGCCCAGCUCGGCGGCGGCGCUGGCCCGGCUGCACACCCCGGAGGACCCGUGGUUUGCCUUCACGGCUGGCGGGGCGGCCGCCGCUCGGGCCAAGGCCCCCCCGCACGCCGACAAUCCCCUCUGGCCGUACUAUGUCCUGGGGUUCUUGAUUCUUUCCUGCCCGAAGAUGGUGUACAAGGCCAAUUACCACCCAAGCGAGAUGGUGUGCCCGGCAACCGGUCGCUGGACUCCGAUCCUGGCAUACCACACCCUGCCAUCCUAUCGGCCGGACCCGGAGACCGGCCCCUCAAAUGCCCUGCUCCUGCGUGUGUAUCGCUCUGCGUUGAACUUUCUCCGCGAGCGCGAGCGCCGGCCGAAGGCCGAACGCUUUGAUUUGGCCCACCAAACCCCCCUUCCGGGGCUCUGGCAUUAUGCCCGCCCGAUUGGCCAGCAGAUAAACACGCGUGCUGUGCAGGCAUUCAGCCGAUUCUUCCCAGACCUUGUUUUCCUGCAGCUUGUCAGCUGGGAUGACAUGAAUGUCAUCCUCUUCCAGGCUUCCUAUUUUGCGGACAUGCCCAUCAAAAAGAUGCCCCCCAAGGUGAGGGCAUUCAUCGGUUCGGACCCGAACCGGUUGAGUGCCGUCCGGGGGGGCAUGUUUGCCCCGGUCCUCUCGAUCCUGGCCUCCGCCUAUGAGCCCCUGCUGCUGCAGCUCCUUGCCGGCGAGGCAACCCUUCCAGAGCGUACCGCCAAGCGCUACUCCGACCCGGACCCGGCCGAGGAGGCCGACACCUUCCACACCUUCCUCCGCAUGACCACCUCAAUUCGGCUGUUGGAGAUCUUCUAA